AUGAGAUUUGGAAACGCCUUGUACCUAGCCGUUGCUGCUCUGGCUGCUGCCGCGCCAGUAGAGCAGACAAACAACGUUGUGGAUCCCCACAACAGGCUCUGGAAGGACAGUGAAGAAUCAACCAAUGUCGUCGAUCCUCACAACAGACUGUGGAAGGACAGCGAAGACUCAGUCAACGUUGUUGAUCCUCACAACAGACUGUGGAAGGACAGCGAAGACUCGGUCAACGUUGUGGAUCCUCACAACAGACUGUGGAAAGACAGUGAAGACUCGGUCAACGUUGUGGAUCCCCACAACAGACUGUGGAAGGACAGUGAAGACUCGGUCAACGUUGUGGAUCCUCACAACAGACUGUGGAAAGACAGUGAAGAAUCGACCAAUGUCGUCGAUCCUCACAACAGGCUCUGGAAGGACAGUGAAGAAUCGACCAAUGUCGUCGAUCCUCACAACAGACUGUGGUAA